UAGUUCCAGGGUUUCCUUGCUCCUGGCUUUUUCAAGUUAGGAUUUCGAAACACCUGUACCUCAUCUGAGGAAGUCCACCCCCCAAAAAAAUAAAUACCAGCCCAUAGCCUUCGCUCCGCCUUCAAAGCAUGCAACUAAUACAUUUCCUACUUGAGAGUCAGCCAGCCAGAAGAAACUUGUGGGCAAAGCAUGUUCCAACUGUAAAGAUUACCAUCUGUAUAAGAGUUGGACGGCUCUUACCACCUAAACUGAGACUUCCCUUCUUUUUCCUGUUCUACCAGUCUAAAGCUGCUGUUGAUGAAAAUGGGACUAAUGGCUGUCUCUAGUCUCGGCUUUGUGGAAAUGAAUGGUACAGCACUGUCGGUGACCUUACUGGCAAUUCUCUUGAUCCUCUUGGGCUGGUAUUCCACCUCUGGCUUCUCCAGGCUGGAGAAAGUGGGCAUCCGCCACCCUCCACCUUUGCCUUUCAUCGGGAACCUUUUGUACUUUCGAGAGGGCUUUUGGGAAGAGCACAGGAAACUGAUAAAUGAAUAUGGACCUGCUUGUGGGUAUUACAUGGGUCGUCGUAUGUACAUUGUGGUAUCUGAGCCAGAGAUGAUCAAGCAUAUCUUGAAGGAUGAUUUCGGAAACUUUACUAACAGGAUGACUCCAGCCUUGGCUUCUAAGCCUGUUGCAGACAGCCUUCUCAUGCUGCGUGACGAGAGGUGGAAAGAUGUCCGAAGCCUCUUGACCCCAGUCUUCGGUGCUGCAAAGACGAAAGAGAUGGUGCCGCUAAUCAACCAGGCAUGUGACAUCCUGCUGAGUAACUUAAAGGUCUAUGCAGAUUCUGGCACAGCUUUUGACAUCCAAAGGAAUUACAGUAGCUUUACCCUGGAUGUUGUUGCUAGUGUGGCUUUUGGUACCCAUGUGGACUCCCAGAAGAAUCCUGAGGAUGCUUUUGUUAAGAACACCAGAAGAUUCUUUGAACUUUCAUUAUUUAAACCCAUCUUAAUCCUAGCCAUUGCAUUUCCGUUCGUAAUGGUCCCCCUGCUUCAGAUUUUGCCAAAUAAGAAACGAGAUGAGGUGAAUGGAUUUUUUAUCAAUGCCAUUAAGAAUAUGAUCGCUUUGAGAGACCAGCAAGACCCAAAUGAGAGACGCAGAGAUUUCCUCCAGCUGAUGCUUGAUGCCCGAAGCUCUGCUAAUGACAUCACCGUGGAACAUUUUGAUACGGUCAGCCAAGCCGAUGUUUCCAUUCAGGAAAAUGAGACAUCUGCCAGCAAAGCCCGGCCUCAGAAGCAAAAUCCAAAAACGUUGAGUGAUGAUGAAAUAGCUGGCCAGGCCUCCUUAUUCCUGAUCGCUGGCUAUGAAACCACCAACAGCGCCCUCUCCUUUGCCACUUACCUGUUGGCCACCCAUCCUGAGUGCCAGGAAAAGCUGCUCCGAGAGGUGGACGAAUUCUUUUCAAAACAUGGUCUUCCUGACUACGAAAACAUACAUGAACUCCCCUACUUGGACAUGGUGAUUGCAGAGACUCUGCGCAUGUAUCCACCAGCGUUCAGGUUUACCCGGGAAGCAGCAAAAGACUGCUUAGUUUUGAAGCAACGUAUACCUGCUGGUGCUAUAAUGGAAUUUGCUGUUGGACACCUCCAUUACAAUCCAAAGAUCUGGCCGGAACCUGAGAAGUUUAUUCCUGAGAGGUUUACAGCAGAGGCCAAGCUGCAGCGUCCCCCACUUUCUUACCUCCCCUUUGGGGCUGGCCCUCGUGGAUGCAUUGGCACCCAGCUGGCUUUGAUGGAAAUAAAGGUGGCAUUUCUGAGAAUCUUGCAGAAGUUUGAGUUCAAAGCCUGCUCCAAGACAGAGAUUCCUUUGAAGGUGAAAUCUCACAUGACACUCGGACCACAAAAUGGAGUCUACAUCAAGGUGGUUCCUCGAUAGAGCAAAACGGCCAGCAAUCUCGAUGUGCCUUCUAAGGAGAUGCCAGCUUGCUGUGUGAUGUAUGACUGCUGCAAACUAUGUGCUGGAAGAGCCUUCCCCUUUUACCUUCCUUGAAAAUAACAGGUGCCUAUUGGAUUCUGCCAUAUCUUAGCUGGGCCAGAAAAGAUUUGUAAGACAGCCUUGUAUUUAAGAACUCACUGAAAAUCCAUAGCCAACCAGGAAUUCCAUGUGGGCAAGUGAACUGAAGGAGAGGGUGAUUUGCCCUCCUUACACCAGCCCAUUUGGUAAAAAGGCACUGUAAAAAACUAGGCUGCUAAGAGGCUGGUAUCCUCCAUUUCUGUGUUGGGUGCAGAGCAGGCUAACUUUAUCAAAAUUGCAAGGGGGGCUGCCUUAAGAACUAAUGGCAAAGUUCAGAAUACAGGUAGGCUAAUGAGCUAGCACUCCCUUCCAACCUCUGCCACAGAAAGCCAGUCCAUACAUGCAACAAAACAGAAGAAGCAGUGCAAGAGAUCUGCAAUUCUUGCUCCACUUCUGCUGCAACAUGGAUGUGGAUGCUUGAGAUCCACUUAGCUUCCGUGAUGACUUGUGCCCAUUCUUCGAGUGUAAAUAACUAUUGAUUUGUGCUGGCAUGUUGAUCAGGCAACUUCUCCUAAUGGUUGUCUACAAGCAACAGCAAAAUCACUUUGUCCUCAGCUGGUUAGAAAUUGGUGAUGGCAAUGCGCAGGUUUGAUCCCCGUAAGGAACAGCUAUAUAUUCCUGCACUGCAGGGGUUUGGACUAGGCGAUCCUCAGGGUCCCUUCCAACUCUACAAUUCCAUUACAUAAUUAGCAGUUUAUGAUCUUUAAAAAGGAAAACUUACUUACAUUUCCUUAGAAGAGAAUUUCUAUGACAAUUACAAGAAAUCUUAGGAGGCCAAAUUGCCCUAUCCAGACCAAUUCCUGCAAUUCUACAGGGAAAUCUCAGGACAAAAUGGAAGCUCAGAAAGCAACAUAACAUACGAUGCAGAAGGUGAACUUCUGCGGAAAGGGCCUUCGGAUGUAAUCAUAACCCCACUUACUAGGAGCAAGAGCCAUUGAAUUCAAUAAUGUUGGGGAAAUAUCGCAGUCAAAACCCAAUACUUUGGGUGUUGCCUGGAACGGCCAACAGAAUCCAGACAUCAAUUACCAGUAAAACAGGGGGGGGGGAAUUAGGUGUUACAUGGCCAGUACCACCUCAACCAACAAGUACUAUGAAGUGGUACACCAAAUAUGAAAACAGCACAAACAUUUAUACACUUACAAGCAGAAGGGCAGUUAUGCCCAUAUCUGACCCUUGCUUCUACUGGUUUAAUCAUGAGGCACAACAACGUUAUCUUUCUCUCCGGCCUUUGUACUUAACAGAUGUUGUUCUGUUCUUCUCUCAUGGUUUUCUUGCAAGCACAAUCUUCAGAAUCCAACCAAGCCCUUCUCUCACACAUUUCAGUUUUCAUUGUCUAAUCACAGAAUCAGAGUUGGAAGGGACCGCAAGGGUCAUCCAGUCCAACCCCAAAACAUGGGGCUAGGAGUCUCAUGCUCUACCAACUGAACUAUGCCCAAAAUCAAUAAUUUCUCCAACCAUAGGAUGUGUGCAUCUGAGUAGACAUGGGUAGCCAUAGCAAGAACAGAGGACAUUUUCCAACUCGAACUGUUUUACCUCUAGGUGUCAAAAUAAGAGAAUAAUUUUACCCCUGAAGAUUAUGUUUUCCUUUGGAGCACAUCAGCGAGGCCAAGGGCACAGGACCUCCACACACGCUGCCCAGGCUUGUGCCCCAGGGAAGUCACUUUAGUGCUGCUAACACAGCUGUUUGACUUCACCCUUGGAGACACACUCCAUUGCCUCGUGAGACAGACGGGUGCCAACAAUCAGGCAGGUCGCACAUUACUGACAAUUUUCAUUUUUGAGAUGUACUCUGAAAAACUUUUGGUUUUCCAAAACAGGCCUGAGUUUGAACUUGGUUGUGUGCAUGUAAAUAAAUAAAUAAGCAGAACUGGCACCCAACAUAUAUGCUACACUGAUAGUAUUUUAUAUACUUUGGCCUCAAAUUUAAGUGCUAUCCUGGAGCUAACCAGACCAAGGAACAAGGUGGAGCAAUUUGUUCUGUUUAUCCAAGUAAAUCCUUUGUGCAGCCAUCCUAUGUGAGUGUCUGCAGCACAGGUAUGCAAUUGAUUAUAGCUAUUUUGAGAAAAUAGUUACAAAUCCACAUUGGCCUUAGUAGCAGAAAAUCUACAGCAGGCAUGCCCAAAGUCCGUUUCGGGGGCCUAAUCCGGCCCCACCAGUCGGUUUAAUCUGGCCCCGUGGCAGUUUAU